GCUCCCAAAAUGAGAAGCAGUAAUGUUCUGCGUUAUAUUGAGAGUGCGGGACUCUCUGAGGAUCUCAGCGAGUUUGAGAGUGAGAACGUAUCGGCAGGGUCUCGCUUGGCCACCAAGAAUGAGACGGCAGUUCAUGUAGAGAGCACAGCUCGUCUAUAUGAACUCCGUCUCAUUCAGAUGGAGAAAUUCGCCAUACGAGAGAAGGACACGGCUAUUCUUUUUGGUGAAAAUAGCCGUCCAUUUAGGGCGGCUACUAUCAAGACCUUUCUCGAUUCUGGAUGCCGAAGUUUGGGCAUGUUGGCCCAUACAGUGAGCAAGUUAAAAGGGAUCAUGAUGGGAAAAUUAUAGACAUCAUCCCAAAAGGGAACCCUAUGGAGGAUGCUGGUAAGUGUCUGUUAUGAUGAUUAUGACAGUAUUCCUGUCAGCCUUAUCAUUAUACCAGUACAAGAAACAGAUUUUUGGACUGUCUUGUACUUGUAGCAUAGCUGUCAACUCUCCCGCAUUAGGCGGGAGUCUCAAGAUUUAUUUCUAUCACGGAGGGUACAAGAUGCAGGUUGCAGGUCGGCUGCAGGUUGAGUACAAAA